UUUGUCAUUGCUGUACUUGUAGCUGCUUGCAGUCCGCUUCAAUAACAACACCCGCCGUUCUACCAGCGUGGCUUACCUGUAAGGUCAGCCAAUUUCCCUGUGUUUCUCUCUGGAUUGUGCCGAAAUUUCUUCUGACAACGUAAAGAAUAAGAAACACCAUGGAGGAAGAGGAGCACUUUGUGAACAUAGACUUGAACGAUGACAACAUCUGCAGCAUCUGUAAACUAGAGACGGACACAGGAACGCUUUCCUUCUGCCAUGUGUGCUUUGAACUGAGCAUAGAGGGUGUAUGCAGCGCCACCCUGCUGCACUCCAAAUCUCUACGUGGACAUAGAGACUGCUUUGAAAAGUACCAUCUCAUCGCCAACCAGAAGCUCUCCCGCGCCAAGGCCUCCCACAGCGCGUACGAGGGUGUGAAGCGGGCUCUGAGCCAGCGAAUCAACCGCAUUAUACAGUAUGCCCAGAACAGAGACUCCGUAACUGCUGAGACACCCGGGCGCUGGGGGGCCAAACAGAUUCUGUGUCACACUCAGCUGGGCGGCAGGAAACUCGUGCCCCAGUCCGAUGCCCAGGUUCCCCGUUACGCCCCACGAUGGGCGGAAGAGGCGACGAUGGCAGAGUCAGAGUAUGGGAAAACCAUGCUGGACUGUCACUCUGCCGAGGAGCUCGGUCUCGGCCUGCUGCAGGGAUCACGCCAGGGACUGUGGGCUGGAGAGAGACACCACCCACGAGAACAGCAGAGAGACACAGCCAGACAGAGGAGACACAGUCGAGAAGAGCUGGUGAGGAUGAGUGUGGAGGAGCUUCGCCAGCUGAACGAGCAGCUACUGCUACAAAUACAAAAUGUGUUUGAGGAGCUGUCUGUAGCUGUGCAGGAGAAGGACUCUCUUUCUUCAGAGCUUCAUGUACGGCACAUAGCCAUCGAGCAGCUCUUUAAAAACUGCGCCAAGCUGCCGUGGCUCCAGAUCGGGCGAGCAGGGGUCAAAGCUGGCAACAACCCAGUGGAAUGAGCGCUUUUUGGGGAAAGACCAGAAAGAAAGCUUGGCUUCAAGCAGAGUCUCAUGGAAGCUCAAGCGGACCGGAAACGCACAACGCUGUGCUAACGAGGUUAAAGUCGCCUCGCUCUAAAAGGUGGCGUCUGAAUUUUCAGCAAAAACUGGACUUUGAAAGCGAAAGUGUCCAAAAGUGUUUCUAUGCAGAAUGAGGUGGUUUUAAAACCUUACAAAUACUCAUUUUAAUUCUUUUGUGGUUCCAUUCAUACACGUUCGUUUUUAUUCUUCAUAUCACUGUUUACUCUCUACACUUGAUCAUGUUGGGUGGUUAAUAGGCUUGGAUGAGUCUGACAGUGUUCCUCCUGCACGUUCAGGCUUGCUGAUUGGUUGUGGUGUUGCUGUGGUAACUGUUGCUUAGUUAACAGUUUUUCCCUCCCUCUGCUCAUUGCAGUGGAACUUGUUAAUGACGGUAGUUGUUCCAUUACUCUAAGCAGGCAUAUUUCUCCUGUUGUGCUGAAGUUCAGCAUAAGCGCUUUAGUGGAAGUUUACAUUUCUUUUGUUAUUGCACUCUUAAAACUGUGUUCUGACAUUUCAUAGGUGCUUUUCCCCCCAAUCACAACAUUUUGAUUUUCACAAAUGUUAAGCACAGGCCUAACUUUGAUUUAGGCUUAACUCGGUGCUGGGAUUAAUAUUGGAGAGAUGGGAAUGUUCAACCAAAGCCUUUGUUACCUCAUGGUAACUAUUCAGUAUUUAUUUUGUUAGGACAAUUAUUUGCUUGUUACAAAUAUUUCGAAGUAAAUUAGCUUUUGUAAUGUGUGGUUUUCUUUUCUGUAGUGUGUAGAGGUUGUUUUCUUGUGCUGUUAUAGUAUGGUUUCUUGUAUUUAGGGUCCGUGCAUAAAUUGAAAAGUGCAAAGUGAGCCUUUACCCAGCUGCCUUGAUUUCAGAACAGACUGUGUUGCCAUCUGGUGGACAUUCAGAGAAUCCUGUCCACCUGCUGCCCUGAUGUGUGUGUGCAUGGUUAAGUGUCUAUUAUUAUGGUUCUACGAAGUCUAUUACAGUAUCUCUAGAAUCUUAAACAAAAUGUUUUAAGAAAUCAGCUAGGAAUUCUCAAUUCUGUUCUCUUUGUAAGAGAGACAUAUUCGACUGACCCCUCUGGGGUUUCUAAGAGUAUUUUAUUUUGUAUGAGUGUAUUUUGUCAUUCUGGUUAUGCUCUGAGGUCAAGUCAGCAAACUAGAAAUAAUGGUUAAAUUCUGUAAAAGAAGCAAUAUGUGUCUGACCUUCUUGUAAAACGUUUACAUUUUUCGUUUAUGGUUCAUUCUGUGUUUUGACAUACAGGAGGUUGGAGUUACUGAAAUAAUGAAGCACACUGCUGUGGAAAUACUGAAUGAACUACAUGAGUUGGAUGAGUUUCAUGUUUGUCUCGACUGUGUUGCAGAGGUAGGCCAUGUGUUAAAAUGUUCACUUGAUUAUGCUGGUGUCAUUGAUGUCUUAUUCAUUUUCUCUUAUAUGUUUAUUCGUUGCUUGUCUUAUUUUCCUUUUUAAAUUUUAUUUUAUUUUUUUUUAAUUGUGUUGUGACAUUCAAGUGGUUUAUGCAAUACUGUUUGUUAGUGGAUCUUUCCAUCAGUUUAGAAGAUUUCUGGAUGCUUUUGUUUGGAGUGAUGUGUACAU